UGGCAGCCAUGGCCUAUGACUGCUAUGUGGCCAUAUGCAAUCCUCUGUGUUACAGUGUGAAAAUAUCUGGGCGAGUCUGCAUAUGCUUGGCCGUGUGUUCUUAUAGCUAUGGUUUCUCAGCUGGGCUAUUCCAAGACAUCUUGAUCUUCAGUAUGACCUUCUGUAAAUCCAAUGUCAUCAAUCACUUCUACUGUGCUGACCCACCACUCAUUAAGCUGUCUUGCUGUGAUACUUACAUAAAAGAACAUGCCAUGUUAAUAUCAGCUGGUUUUAAUCUCUCCAACUCACUCACAAUCAUCCUGAUGUCCUAUGCCUUCAUUAUUGCUGUCAUCUUAAGGAUAAAAUCAGCUGAAGGAAGGCUCAAGGCAUUCUCUACCUGUGGUUCCCACAUGAUGGCUGUCAUAUUGUUUUUAUUGGACUCUUUUCUGCAUGUAUGUGAAACCACCCACUGACAAGACUGUUGAGGAAUCCAAAAUAAUAGCUGUCUUCUACACCUUUGUGAGUCCACUGCUGAAUCCAUUGAUCUACAGUUUGAGAAAUAAAGAUGUAAAGCAGGCCUUGAAAACAAUACUCAGGCAAAAAGUUAUCAGGACAACAUUGAUGCCUCCUCAUUUCAAUAAACCACAA